GAGACCACACAGUUGUUUGUGCUUUAUGGCAGCUGCUUUCCUGUCCGCUCAACCUGAAUUCUUCGUGGAUCGGGUGGUUGGAUAUUUUUAGAGGGGCCUGCUUAUAUUGAAGUAGACCUGCCUGUCUGUAUCUCUCUGUCUUGUGAAGCCGCACAGCCAGCUGUCAGCUGCCUUUCCUCUAUUGUGUCCUGAAGGAAUGGAUCCUCGAGGCCUGAAGGAAGAUCUCCGCCUGUUUCAGAGCACUUUGCUGCAGGACGGCCUCAAAGAACUUCUCAACGAGAACAAGUUAAUCGACUGCACCCUGAAGGUUGAGGACAGAAGCAUCCCCUGCCAUCGGCUAAUUCUGGCGGCGUGCAGUCCGUAUUUCCGGGAGCUCUUCUUCUCAGUGGAUGGCAAAGAGGUGGAAACAAAGGAGGUUGUUUUGGAGAACAUUGAUCCAAACGUCAUGGAACUGGUUGUUAAUUAUUUGUACUCAGCAGAGAUUGACAUCUACGAUAGCAACGUACAGGAUAUUUUGGCUCUUGCCAACCGCUUCCAGAUCCCAUCAGUGUUCACCGUUUGUGUGAACUAUCUCCAGAAGAAGCUGACCAUGAAAAACUGUCUGGCCAUCUACAGGCUGGGACUGAUGAUGAACUGUGCCAGGCUGGCGAUGGCGGCUCGAGAUUACAUCGCAGAUCGCUUUGAGGCCAUCGCUGAGGACAACGACUUCUUGGAGCUCGCUCCUCCUGAGCUCUUUGCCAUCAUCGGAGCCGAUGCACUGAACGUUGAAAAAGAAGAGGUGGUGUUUGAGGCUCUCAUGAGGUGGAUCAGGAAAGACAAGGAAAAGCGUAAGAAGUCCUUAGAAGAGGCCUUCGACUUCAUCCGCUUUCGUCUGCUCCCAGAAAAGUAUUUCAAAGAAAAAGUAGAGAAAGACGAAGUCAUUAAAGCUGAGCCAGAGCUUCUCAAAAAAAUUAAAACCAUCAAGGAGGCGUUUGCAGGGAAGCUGCCGGAGAGGCAGAAAGACGGCGAUGAAGAAGGAGAGCAGGGGACGCUGCCUGGGUAUCUGAAUGACGCCCGAAGACACGGCAUGCACAACAAAGAUCUGAUUCUCAUGAUCAACGACACCGCUGCUGUGGCCUAUGACGGCCAGGAGAACGAAUGCUUUCUCGCAGCGAUGGCUGAACAAAUCCCCCGAAACCACGUCAGCCUGACGACAAAGAAGAACAACCUGUAUGUGCUGGGGGGGCUGUUUGUAGACGAGGAAGACAAAGAAAGUCCUCUGCAGUGCUAUUUCUACCAGCUGAACAGCCUUUCUGCGGAGUGGAUCGCUCUGCCCCCAAUGCCUUCACCCCGCUGUCUCUUUGCUUUGGGAGAAUUUGAAAAUCUCAUCUUUGCUGUGGCAGGAAAAGACUUACAAUCCAAUGAAUCUCAUGACACGGUCAUGUGUUACGACACAGAGAAGAUGAAGUGGACAGAAACGAAAAAGUUGCCCCUGAAAAUCCACGGUCAUUGCGUGGUCUCUGAGAAUGGGUUGGUGUACUGCAUUGGAGGAAAAACGGACGACAACAAAACCACCAAUAAGGUGUUUGCAUACAACCACAAGAAAGCCGAGUGGAAGGAAGUGGCUUCCAUGAAGACUCCCAGAUCCAUGUUUGGAGCCGUAAUCCACAAAGGGAAGAUUAUAGUUGCAGGAGGAGUCAAUGAAAAUGGUCUAACAGCAACAUGUGAAGCCUAUGACUUUGGAACAAACAAGUGGGGGCCUUUUACGGAGUUUCCCCAGGAGAGAAGUUCACCCAACCUGGUCAGCUGUGGGGGGCUGCUGUAUGCUGUAGGAGGCUUCGCCAUGGUGGAGAAUGAGAACAAAGAGUGUGCACCCACUGAAAUAAUCGAUAUUUGGCAGUACGAGGACGACACCAAACAGUGGAGCGGCAUGAUCAGAGAGAUGCGAUACGCAGCUGGAGCGUCCUGUGUCUCAAUGCGACUGAACACGGAAAAAAUGCCCAAAAUGUAAAACAAAUGAUGUUUUUUCCAAAAGGGGGCGGUACAUGCUUUUAUUUAGAAAAACUUUUUUGUCAUAAUGUAGCUGACACAGCUUCCUGUUUUAGUAAAUUCUACUGUUGUUGGGGAAUUUCUUCUUUAACAUAAUAUUUUUGAUCAAACACAAACAAAAAAUAAUUUACCUUUUUUUUGUUUUAGACAAAUUGAGAAAAAAGAAAUUCCCCCAAAAACAGCAAUAGUAGAAUUCAGUUUAAAAAUUGAAUUCUACUGCUUUUUGGGGGGAUUUAUUCUUUUCCUUGUAUUUUUUAUCAAAAGUAAACAAAAAAAUAAUAAUUGACUGAAUAUUUUUUUUACUUGUUUGUUUUGAAUAAAAAAAAUUGAGGGCAAGAAAAAUUUCCUAAAAUCCCAACAACCACACAAUUCACUAAAACAGGAGUUCUAUUGCUUUUUUGGGGAGGGCUUUUUUUUCUUUUUUUCUCUCACAUUUUUUAUCAAAAUUAAAUAAAUAAUAGAACAUAUUUCUUGUUUGUUUUAGAUAAAACAUUUCAGGAAAAGAAAAAAAAAAUCCCAAAAACCCAACAAAAGAAUUCCUUAAAAUGGGAAUUAAGGUAUUUUUGGCAAAUGUCCUCUUUUCCUUUAUUUUUGACUUAAUAAAAAAAAA